UUAGGGACACACGCUCAGCCACUGGAGCGUAAGAAAAGGUAUGUUGGGUUACACAUUGUGUAGAGCAAGCAGGGGCUUCCACCACGUCAGCAGGGGUGCCUUUUUUAUUUCAUUAUAAAACAUUUAAAAACCAAGACAUCAGCUAAACAUGUUUUACAUUGCCGAGCAGUAUAAAAGUUUGAUAGAGGAGGUGAGCCUUUAAUAAGGGUUGAUAGAUUGUCUUGGCAGGAGAGACAAGGCUGAAAAUCUUUUUUUGUAAGCUUUGCGGAAUAAAGACAAAGGAGGAUGCAAAUACUCACAUGAAACAGCUUUGUUACCCUCCCACCCCCAUCUGCCCAUCAACUGACUCCAUUCUUCAACUUGACAUCACACAGACAAGAAGAAGAAGAAGAAGAAAAAGAAGAGGAGGAGGAGGAGGAGAAGAGAGAAGCAGAAAAGGUGGGGAGGCAAACAAAACAAGCAGAGAAAGAGGAGGAAGAGCCGAGAGGAGGUGGGCAGCACAGUUUCAGCUCUCACAAGGCUGAGGAGGAGAAAGUGAUGGCAGCUAGAACUUGGCCACUAGUGAGAUGAAAUUCGGGGAGGAGACGCUGGAGCUCUGCAGGGUACGACAUCCAACGAGAGCCCUGAAAUUGGACCGCUUGGAAGACGAGCCAGCCCUCUCUGGAUCCUGUGCCCCUCUACAGCCGAAGGAUGAGAGGGGUCGACUUUCACCUUAGUUGCCAGGGAUGUCUGUGCACUACAGAAAGACGUCCCCCUACAGCAUGUCCAAUGCUAUGUUAUUCCUGAUGCUUUGCAAGAUUGGUCUGAGACGAAAACUGCAGACUUUUCCAGGGAAAAUGGUAAACACUGUCUACAGUGAUGAGGAAAAGGGAAUCCAAGACAAGGAAAGUAAGGAGGAGACCAUCUUGGCCAUGUUGGGCAUCAUUGGGACCAUCCUCAACUUGGUAGUCAUCAUCUUUGUCUACAUCUAUACCACCUUGUAGAUCUCAAACUCGUAUUGUACCACACCAGCAGGCAGAUCAGAGCUCGUCCGUGCUGUUACGGCGACAGUAUGUUGACAGAUAUGCGGAAGAGGAUGGGAGGAGGAAGAAUGAGGCCCUCCAUCUCAAGUGGUGAACUGGAUCUAAGACUGUGUGAUCGCCAUAUGGCGUCCAUCCUGCAUCACUUCAAACAACUGAGACUAUGGGAAGCUGGCUUGUUCCUCUCCCUUGCACAGGUAGAAUUAUCCAGAAUAUCUGGACACUUUUAACUUGUACAUAAAUGCAUGAAGCUAAAGAGAGACGCUCAAAAGAUGCAGCUUUUACCUUCAUGGGGAAAUGAAAGACUGCAGAGAGACACUUUUGGGAAAUAUUUUUCAAAUGUUCUUUAACUGAGUUAUGGAAGUGAUUGCGAUGAAAGAUGAAGAUGUACAGAGGAAGAAAACACAGGUAUCUUAAUUGCUGUAUAUUAUUUGUCAAAGAUCCUCCCACGUAAAACACAACAUACAUCCGGUGAGAUUUAAAUACACAUAUGAUAGAGAAUUGUUAUUCAGCUUAAUUUAUUGUUUGUUUUUUUAUAAUGUAUUUCUCAUAGUUUCUGGAAAAAUCGACUAGAGAUGGUGUUUCAACUGGCAACAAUUCUACGUUGUUUAAUGUAAAUUUACUGAAACAAGCAGGGGCAUUAUGUCAGUUUACAAGGCUCAAAUGCUUCCAUAAAUGGUUGCACUUGACUUUGUGCUUGACAUAAAAUGGUGGAGGAUCAGACAGAUUAGUGCAAAAUGGCUUGAUUAUCAUUUAUUAUUCAUUUUUCAAUGCAUCACAUCAGCUUUUAAGUGUUAUCAACACUGAAAUAAGAUGCAUUCAUGUGUGAGAAAAUGGUUUUAACAUUUUUGUCAAAGUCUCGGCCUCAGGAGGCUUCAGCCAGCUGCAGCUAUUUAACAGUGAGUUCCACCAUAUAUUUCCGGCUGCAUGAGUAUAUAAACACUCACAUUUACAAACAUUUACAUAUGGGGCAUCAUUUGAGCAUACUGAAGUCUCCACCCAUAAAUGUACAUAGUUUAUUGAGCUUGAGAACUUGAGAUAGUUUGCAUUUUUCAGCCACCGAUCUCAGCUUGUACAUCAUUGAUUCUAAGACUUGUGCAUAAUGACUGUUUGCCUUAAAACAUGAGGAAAUGGCAAUUUCCAUGAUGUAUAAAAUUAUCAGGUUAACACUACUUUGUGAAAGGUUUCACUUAUUGUAUAUACAUAUAAUUCAAUACCAAUGUCAUAUUGUUUUUAUUGAUGAAAGGUCAUUUAUUGGGUAAUUUUAUAACCGUACUCUGCUCUUGUCUUAAACAACAUGCAAAACUGUUGAGUUUUUAAAUUGAGGAAAUUAAAUGAGUCAUUUCUAGACCUGGGCCAACUUUUCAUUCUUAUUCAUGGUUGUUCUUUUCUGUGGUGGAAGACGAGUGUGGGGUUUUCCACUACUGUUUUGACAAUACUGUGAAUAUUGUGAAAUUUACAUAGUCACAGAGUAACUUUUGGUAUUUUUCUCUCUGAUUGACUGGACAGACGCUGCAUCAUUUCUCCUCCCUGUCUUACAAUCCCAUCCAUCUGGGAGCUGAAGCUGGUUGGAACAAAGGCUAAAUUUAUUUGACCCAGGGCUGGAAAUGAGGCAGAUUUUUUUGUAUUUGAGGAUAACUCAAGAAAACAUAGGGAAAAAAAAUGUGUCAAAAAUGAUUUCCGCAUUCAUGAGUACUUCAGCCUGUACGAAUUAAAUCAGGUCGUGUGACAGUUUGAACAGAGCUGAACUAUCCGUAUUUAAUAACGUCAUGUGUAGGAGAUUUGCAAGAUGAUUUACCUGUAACCAUACUCUGUUAGGUAUCAGUCAGUACUUUUACAUGCACAAGAAUUUUCCAUUAUAAUUACAAAUAUGACUAUAUUUUGAAAUUAAUACAGGUCAUGUGGACAGCAUGUUCCAUUUGGACAUUCCCAAUUUCUGAAUUUAGCACUUUCCAGACAUGUGGGACAUGCCGACUUCGUUUGGGUUUUAUGAGCAUUCUUCAGACAUGUAUACAACACUUUGGGAAUCAGCAUCUCAAUUUGGGCUUUUACGGCAGUUUCGUUAGGGUUAGCAUUGACCCGCUAGCGCAUGUGUGACGCAGAUCAGGCACCAACACUAAUCAAAUCCGGUAAUGACAAAACCAACUAGACAACAGUGCAAAGAAAGGCUGGGGAAGGGGUGCGUGCCCAAAAGAAAAGCCCACAUCUCUGGACGGAACGAGAAACGCACCCAUUUUUAUACAUUUUGAAAGACUUGGAUAUCAACAGGUUUUUGGAAAUGCGCAAAUUACGCAACGCUGACCUUUUAAUCUGAGUUAAUUGGAGUAUUCACAACUGCAUGGACACCGAUUAUUAGUGGAAUACUCAUUUUCAUCACCCAUGUAAACAGCUUAGUAGGAAUAUUGUCUUUUUUUGCAAUAAGGGCAAAAGCCGGAAUAUUUUGUGCAUGUAAACGUAGUGAGCGAUAGUUUUGCAUUCAAGUUCAACAUUUUGAAAGAAUACUGAGUAAGUGUUAGAGAGAAAGCUAAUAAGCGUAUUUCCCAAAAUGUCGAACUAAUCCUUUAAAGAAAGAAGCUACUCAGUAAGAGAUGAGCAGAACCUAUAAAUAAGGAUGUACGGUAUGCAGAGAAUGUAAAGGUCUAUACAACAAGCUACAUUAUGUUUGUAAAAUAUUACAUUUGUGUUCGUCAGUCAACAACCUCAUGAUUUCAGAAAGUGCCUGAGAUCAAAGUGUCUCAACCUCACCAGUGGAGAAGUGAAAGGAAAGGAAAACUCCAACCAUUGGAACCAGUGAGAGUGUCUCUGUAAGGCCACCUGUCACAUGACCAGGAGAGUGGAAGAGGUUUGCAGGAAAUCAUGUAUCCUGAUCCACUCCACUGCUUUCAUAAUGGGACUGGAUUUUUACAUGGCUUAGACAAUAUAAAGUCAGCCUUUUGUUUUUGAGUGAGGUGCUCCUACUUGUUUUACAGGAUAAGGGAAAUGAAAGCUUAGUAAGCACAUGGACAAGUCUUACGAAUGUAUUCAUACCUGAUGUAAAAGUUGAUUAUUCCUGUUAUUCUUAUUGUUUACUUAUCUUUCCUGAAGCUACGUAAUCUGAACUCUUCUUAUGUUUUAUUUAUGUGUAUGCUAAAUCUAUUUAAACUCAUUGAAUAGUCUCUCGGUGACAAAUGGAAGGGUGAAAAGUUUUUCAGCUUGCAGUUUUGUUACGAAAAACAUUAAAUAAAUACAUCUUAAAACUGA